AUGUCAUCGAUGAUUCGCCGUAAUCGUGGACGUAAGUCAAAGAUUCCUGCACCUGCAAAGUUAGAUUUUACGGGAAAAAGUGCAGUCAUGGUAGUUGAUAAGAAAUCAACCAGAACGAAAAAAUCGGUGAAAAAAGACUGUUCAAAGUGUAAAAAAAUGUUACCUGUAACGGACAGUUUGGAAAACUCUGUCGACAUUUUAGAAAAUUCGUCAAAAGAGUUAAUCCACGUCGGAGACUGCAAUAAAAAUGACAUAGGUUUCGUUACAAAGGAUGACAUUGAUAGAAAAGAAUUAGCAACUAUGUCUCCGAACGAGCCAGCUAUUUCAACGUCUUUUUCAAGAUUACGGCUCGGUCAAAAACGUAGAACAGUUCCUAAAGAGUUAGAUUUUACAGGAUAUAACCCUAUCAUGGUGGUGGAACGUCUGGAAAAACGAAGAAUAGCAGAAGAAGAUGAAUGCAAAACUGUAGUAAAUUAUGGUAUUGGCAGAGAAAAGCUCGCACAAAUGACUACAGAGGAACUAAGAGGUUAUGCCAAAUUCUUUGCAACGGCGUUAACCAAAAUUAAUCUCAACCAACCUAACAACCGCAACUCUUAA